AAUUUCCCCUCUCGUGUGGUUUUGCUUUCAUUUAUGCGGAAACCGUGCAAAUGACUACUCUUUUUUUUUUAAAAUUUGCCAGAAUUUAUUCUUAAAAUUUCAAUUAAAUGAAAUGUGUCUGUUAAAUGUGGAACCGAUUUAAGAUUUUAUAAACAAACUCAGAAUAAUUAAUGAAUUAUUAUUUGCAAUAUUAUUUCUUUUUCAUGUUCGUCUUGUUUUUCAUACCAGACAGUUAUAUUUGUGUUUUAUUUUUUUUUUGUAUCAGGGUUGAACCUGCGUGUAGGUAGUUCAAUAAUGAGGAAGUUACCCGAGUUAAAUAUAACCACUCUCACUUGCCUUUAUGGUUUUGUGUUUUCAUGGUCAAAGAAAAAAAAAAAAAAACAAAUGUUUAACAUGUGCUCAGAAAUUCGUCUCCAGAGUCAAGCAGCAGAGUUUAAAAACCGUAGACGGAUCGGCAGGCUGUGAUGCCAGAGCCCAAUAAAAAGAUGGCAAGAAGGAUCAUCGUCCUUAAAAUAGCCAUCCUUCUCCUUUUCUGUCCAUCUGCUUGCUCGGAAACCGAAUGGUACCCCAAAAGUCUGCAAUGUGACGUGUCAAGGCUUAGCAAUGACAGCGAAGUGAAAGUGGACUGCACCAGCAGAGGAUUAACGUCGAUUCCUCCAGGAAUUCCGUCCAAUACCACCAACCUGACGCUUACCAUCAACCACAUUCCUCACAUCAACGGCACCUCUUUCCUCGGCCUGAGCAACAUCACCGAGAUCGACAUGCGCUGCAACUGCGUGCCCAUCAAGAUCGGCCCGAAAGACCACGUGUGCACAAAAAGUGUGCAAAUCGAUAAUGGAAGCUUCUGGCAACUUAAGACUCUCAAGUCGCUUUACCUGGACGGAAAUCAGCUCUUCAGCAUCCCUAAAGGACUUCCUCCGAACGUCGUGCUCCUCAGCCUUGAGGUCAACAGCAUUUCUUCAAUUCUGAAGGAAAAUCUCACGGAGCUUACCAACAUCGAGAUCCUGUACCUUGGCCAGAACUGUUACUUCCGAAACCCAUGCAAUAGAUCUUAUUAUGUUGAGGAGGACGCUUUUUUGCAGCUUGACAAAUUGACUUUGCUGUCGCUUAAGUCAAACAAUUUGUCUUAUGUGCCUCACAAACUACCGUCGAGUCUCAGGGAGCUCUACUUAUACAACAAUAACAUACAGAAGGUAGUAGCGGAGGAUUUUCACAACUUGACCGAGUUAGAGAUCCUGGAUUUGAGUGGAAACUGUCCCCGCUGUUAUAACGCGCCUUUCCCGUGCGUUCCUUGUGCUAACGAUGCUCCUCUUCAGAUUCAUGAACACUCCUUCCUCAAUUUGACCAAACUUAAAAUUCUGCGGCUUCACAGCAACUCUCUCACUACUGUGCAAUCACAAUGGUUUCAAGGCUGCAAAGAACUUCAAGUGUUAGACCUCUCCAGCAACUUUUUAGCAAAAGACAUAACACACACUUCCUUUCCUCAUUCACUGCCUUUCCUAGAAGAACUAGAUCUCUCUUUUAAUUAUGAGCUCCAGAGGUAUCCUUCAUCACUAAACCUGUCUCAGUCUUUCUCCUCUCUGAAGUCUCUCAGGAUCCUGAGAAUCAGAGGCUUUGUGUUCCAAGAACUCAAACAACAAGAUAUUCAACCUCUGACUUUUUUGGAGAAUCUCGAAAUGAUUGACCUCGGGACAAACUUCAUCAAGUUAACUAACCUAAGCAUCCUCAAAGGGCUGAAAAAUUUCCGCAUCAUCAAUUUAUCGGACAACAAAAUCUCAUCGCCUUCAGAGGCUGAGCAUGCAGCUGCACUGGCAAUGGCACGUGGCUUUCCCAAGCAGGACGACACUUCCCCAAUGUCACGAGGCGCUCAGUACCGCAGUGGAGAAGUGAGAGAGAUUCACUAUUUCAGAUAUGAUGAAUAUGCGCGAAGCUGCAAAAGUAAAGAUAAAGAACUUGGAACUCUGAGUCCUUUCAACACACAGUGUAGCUCCUUUGGAAAAACCCUGGAUCUCAGCAGAAACAACAUUUUUUUUUUACAUUCAAGAUUCUUGAAUCUCGGUGAGCUCCGGUGUCUCAAUCUAUCAGGAAAUGCCAUGAGCCAAGCUUUAAAUGGUACUGAAUUUAUUUAUCUUAAAAAUCUGAAAUACCUCGACUUCUCCCACAAUCGUCUUGAUUUGAUGUUCUCCUCAGCGUUCAAGGAACUGAGCAAUUUAGUCGUGUUGGACAUCAGUCACAACAAUUAUUACUUUGAAGCAGAGGGCUUGACUCACAUGCUAAAUUUUACCAAAAAUCUCCACAAACUGACCAAGUUAAUAAUGAACCACAAUCAAAUAUCCACAUCCACCAACAUGGAGAUGCAGAGUUUAUCUCUGGAAUAUUUGGAAUUUAAAGGCAACCGCCUUGAUCUAUUAUGGCGAGAUGGUGAUACGAGAUAUCACAGCUAUUUUAGAAAAUUAAUGGUCUUAAAAUCCCUCGACAUCUCUCACAACAACCUUAACUUCAUUCCCAAGCAGGUUUUUCAAAGCCUUCCGGAAACACUCACAGAAUUCCACAUUACAAACAACAUAUUGAAAUCGUUCUACUGGGACGGUCUUAGGUUUCUACCAAACCUGGAGCUCUUAGACCUUAGUGGUAAUCACUUAACAAUCGUGCCUCCAAAGCUUUCCAACUGUUCGAAAUCUAUUGCGACGCUGGUUUUGCGCAAGAAUCAAAUCUUGAGGCUGAGCCCAGAGUUCCUCCAAGAUGCGUUUAGCCUGACAAGGCUGGAUCUGAGUUAUAAUCAAAUCAAGUACAUUGAAGAGUCAAGCUUCCCUGAAAACGUCAUAGACAAGCUGGAGGUUCUGUUCUUAAACAACAACCGGUUUGUGUGCUCGUGCAACGCCACGUGGUUCGUCCGAUGGAUCAAUCGCACGUCUGUGUACAUUCCCCGACUAGCCACUGACGUCACCUGUGCUUCCCCUGGCACGCAGCGAGGCCAGAGUGUGAUUUCUCUCAACCUCCAAGCCUGCCAGCAUAACUCUCUGUCCAUAAUUCUCAGUAUCCUGACCACUUCUGUGAUCCUGAGUGUCCUCAUCCUGUCCAUCUCCAGCCAUCUCUUUCUCUGGGAUGUGUGGUACAUCUACCACUUCUGCCUCGCCAAAAUCAAGGGCUACCGUCGCCUUCUCUCGGAAAGCACGGCAUACGACGCCUUUGUAGUCUACGAUAAAACUGACACGGCGGUGAGCGACUGGGUGUUGCAGGAGCUCCGUGUUCAGCUGGAAGACCGUGGUGAACCAAGGCUCCACCUUUGCUUGGAAGAACGUGACUGGGUUCCGGGUUGUCCCCUCAUUGAGAACCUUUCUCAAAGCAUUCAGCUUAGCAAGCGCACCAUAUUCCUCCUGACCACUCACUUUAUCCGGAGUGGCCACUUCAAGACCGCGUUCUACCUGGCACACCAGCGGCUCAUGGAUGAGAAGGACGACGUCAUCAUUCUGAUUUUCCUGGAGAGAUUUUCAUCCAGUCACUCCAAGUACCUGAGGCUCAGGAAGAGGCUGUACAAAAGAUCCGUGCUGGAAUGGCCAAGGAAUCCUCAAGCGCAGCAGUAUUUCUGGUUUUGUCUCAGGAGCGUCAUGGCCACUGAAAGCCAGCAGCACUACAACAAGCUCUUCCAGGAAACCCUGUAACAGUCAUGAUGGGAUUUUUACAUACAGUAUAUGCAGUGUGUCCUGUUUUUUUUUUUUUUUUAUUUUAAAUGGUCUCCAAAUGUUUUACCACCUCGAAGUUGAUUAUUUUCCUAUACAAACAUGUCCCGAAGUGUUUUCUUCUUCCUAUACCAAAGCGUUUUUUUUUUAUAAAAAGGAAAACAAAUUUUUUAUAUAUUAAAGAAUUAAAGUAUAACACGUCAUGAUUUUUUUCAAACUAUACUUUUAAUGUUAUGGAAUCAACAAUUACACGUUUUUUUUUUUUUUAUCUCUUUAUGUCAACAUACACCUGUGUGUGAUCUGUUACUAUAGAAACGAUAACAAGCACAUUAAUAUAAACCUGCGAUGUGCAGCUGCACUACUGAGCUGCUGAUCAACGCCUUCUGACCAGAAUUCAACGCUGCUGUGAUACAAACAUCGUUUAAAUUACAUUGCAUUGUUCAUUUGUUUUGUGUUGUGCUUCAACAUGUGUAUUAAUUAGUCAUUUUUUUUUGUCUUGUAUGAAAAAUAAAAUCUGCUAUUUUAAACUUGUUUCGAGUCAUGUUAAAUAAUCGUAAAAUGCUACAAUACAAACGACACAGAUUAUUCAAUAAGAUAAACAGUAUUGUGUGCAUUAGUGUGUUGUUGGAGUGUAACGCACUAACAUUAUCUGUAUCAUGCUCCAAAUAUCCAUUCACUUGGCACACACCCUUAUCCAAGGGAACUUACAUUUAUCUCAUUUAUACAUCCAUUUUUCUUAAA